AUGCGCACUCAAUUCCUUCCAGCAGAGCUUUUUUUCAUCAUCUUCGAACAGCUGGACUUGGCAACCGUACUGCAGAGCCGAGGAGUGAACAGAGAAUGGAGAUCGACCAUCGAUGCUCACUGCCUCACCUGGAAAAGGUACGCGGUACACCUGCGAUUAAUAGACAAGAUAGGAUCAGACUUGCCCUAUGAGCAUGGGUACAAAGCGUUCGACGAACACGUAACCAGGAACACUAUCAGGAAAGGCGCCUUGAUGCUCGUGCCCAAGUAUGGUCGAGGGGGACUUUUUACAAGAUCGAGGGGAGUGUGGAAUGGCCCCGAGGCGAUGAGUCUCGAUCACCGUACCGAGCCCAGUUGUCUUGAAGUCCCGUUCUGGCUCGGACACAGUAGCGACACCUAUCAGCGCAUGCUCGUUCAUGCAGACCUCAUCAGUGGCAGACGCUUCGAGCGUGCCGUACGGGUGGAGCUUGAACCUACCCCUUCCGAUCCCGAUCAGUCUGCAACACACGAGCACAAGGGCCGAAGCUGCUUGUGGAAGCUCGUAAACGUGCUCUCGGAGAAGUCAUUCUGCUGUUUGCCCUGUUUACUUGGAUUGCGGAGCAUGGUUCAGAGUUUUCAAAGCGUCGAGCGGCCCGAGACCUCGGUCUACCAAUACAGAGCCCGAAAUCCGGGGACCUUGGAAUACAGAAACGGUGACUAUAAUGUAAACCACUCUUGGGAGGGCGGACGGACAGAAUUCAGUCUUGGGCGUGGCAGUUCCUUCGAAGGACUUCGGUCGUUGGACUCAGCAGAUAUAAAUGCCUUUGAUCGGCUCUACUUCCUGGCCUGGCCUAGCGAGCUGAGAAUUUUUCUGCGCUCGGAAGACGUCAGUGACGACGUGUAUGUUACUUUUGACGGCUUUCUAUCGCCGGAUUAUCACUUGGUCCUCCCGUCUGCACAACCUUUCUACCCAAGUCCACCUGGACCCGACCUGAGCUGUGCAUUUCAGUGUUGCUCUGUGGCCGGCAUCUCUCAUGGUCGAGCUUGUGUCAACGCACCCACCGUCGUGACUUGGAGCCCGAGACCAAGCACUCCAAUAUCCACCGAGCUUCUUCCGGCGUCGGUCGAUACCAUCCUUGUCUGUAAGCAGCUGCCAGCGACUAGUCGUCAGUCUUCGACUGAGCAGAGCGCUCCACUUCCCUCGCAGAAAGAAGACUCCACCAAGUUUGGCAAGAUCGAGAGCGUGGCAGCGGAUAUACGUACGAAGACUCUCGUUCUCGCUUUUGACUGGGGUCUCCUGCUAUUUCGCCCAUUCGAUGCCCUGAUCGAGUUGGAGAGCAAAGUCUCCGUAGGCGUCGUGGUUCACUUCAAGGGAGAGAAGAAGAAGGGCUAUCAAAGCAAGUGCAGGGGACUUGCGGUCUACGAUGGCCGCAUCUGCCACAGCAUUGAACACCGCGACGACGAUAGUCCCGGGUGCCGUAUGGUCAAGAAUACCAUCUUCGUCAUCGACCUGGAUCCUUCCCGUCUAAAUCCUACACUCGAUCCUACCGAGUUGCCGAUCGACUCUUGCCAAAUCCGAAUGCUUCGAGAAGAAGAGGUCUACCCUGUAGUCUUGGAGCAUACCUUUGAAUUUGUGGGCACAGACAUCGAGAUGGACGCGACAGGCAUUUACAUGAGAGAGCCCACUCACCUCAACUACAUCGAUUUUGGACUUGCGGUGGACCAUCCCGACACAAUGUAG